AUGAAAGUAUCUGAAAGUGCGCUUGAUGCAAAAGUUAAACGUAGUAACCCAAAAUUGGGUACCUCCCUGCACUGCGCUUGUUUCAAUGGAAAUAUGGAAAUUGUCAAACUUUUAAUUAAUCGAGGUGCCGACAAGGAAUCCCGAAAUGUUUCUGGCCAGACGCCAUUGAUUGUUGCUUCUCUAAAGGGUCACCCGGACGUCGUAGAUUAUUUGUUAAAUGUGGAUGCAAGUAUCCACCCCUAUUGUCACCAAAGGAGAACCGCCCUUCACUACGCAUGCAAAAAAAAACAUUUUAAAGUCGUUAAAAUAUUAAUUGAACAUAAUGCUAAUGUCAACAGUAGAGACAUAAGCGGGAAUACACCCGCAAUGCUGGAAGAACAACCAGCGCAUUGUUAA